AUGAAGUCAAAAGCCGGUAGUAGAGAGAACAUUGAAUUGGGAGUUUACAAACUACAGGCAGCCAUCCAGUCGGCCUAUGGGAAACCCGAAGAUGUGAACACUGAGGCCAGAUUUUUCAUUAUUUCCAUCCAAAUGGUUUCAGAGGCAGCAAGAUUCCAAUACAUACUGAAUAAGGUACUCGAAGGAGGCAUAUACGGGAGUUAUGAACCAGAUUAUAAAGCAAUUUCCUUGGAGAACAGUUGGAAGAAGAUCUCUGAUGCCAUUCAAACUGCUGAUCCUUCUGGAAAAUUUCGCUCAAACAUUACUUUAAAGGAUGCAGAGAACAAACAAUGCGUAGUUACGCAAGUGAGUGACAUAGAGAACGACAUGGGACUUUUGAAGUUCUUGGAGACUUCAGCAGGCCAAGCAUCUCAGUUUUCUCAACUUCUGCAAAUGGCAUAUUUCUAA